AGACAGAAGUAGGCGUUAAGACUGACGUGCCUGCCAGAUAACAAUAGUGAAGACGUGUUCCUCACGCGUUCACGCUCACCAAAAGUUCUUUCAACAAUCCACCAAGAUGGGAAUCCGAAAGAAGAACAACAAGAACCCUCCGGUGCUCAGCCACGAGUUUGUGAUCCAGAACCACGCGGAUAUUGUGUCCUGCGUUGCUAUGGUGUUUCUGCUGGGUCUUAUGUUUGAGAUUACGUCAAAGGUAGCGGUUUUGUUCAUAACUGUGCAAUACAAUGUAACAAUUCCAGCAAAUGGAGGUCCAGAGGAAACAGCAGUGAAUUACUUCCAUUACGGUCUGAAAGAUGUGGCCACUGUCUUCUUCUACAUGCUGGUUGCCAUCAUUAUGCACGCCAUUAUUCAGGAAUAUGUGCUAGAUAAAAUCAACAGGAAGAUGCACUUCUCCAAAACCAAGCACAGCAAGUUCAAUGAGUCGGGUCAGCUGAGUGCCUUCUACCUCUUCUCCUGCCUGUGGGGAGCCAGCAUUCUUGUUUCUGAGAACCUCUUGUCCAAUCCGGUCAGCCUUUGGGACGGUUACCCACACACUCUUAUGGCGUUCCAGCUGAAGUUCUACUACAUCUGUCAGCUUGGUUACUGGCUUCAUGCUAUCCCUGAGCUCUACUUCCAGAAGACCAAGAAAGAGGACAUUCCUCGUCAGCUUGUUUAUAUCAGUCUUUACCUGGUCCACAUCACUGGGGCAUAUGUUCUGAAUCUGAACCGGUUGGGCCUGGUUUUGCUGGUUCUGCAUUACUUUGUUGAGUUCCUCUUCCAUGUAUCCCGACUCAUUUACUUCAGCAAUGAAGACAGACAGACCGGGUUUACAGUGUGGGCUGUUCUGUUUGUGCUGGGCCGGUUGUUGACUCUUUCCCUGUCUGUUCUCACUGUGGGCUUUGGGCUGGCCGGAGCAGAGAAACAGGGUCUGAACCUCGCAGAGGGAAACUUUAAUAUCCUGGUUGUUCGGUUGACUGUCCUGGCUGCAAUAUGCACCUCUCAGGCUUUUAUGAUGUGGAAAUUUAUCAACUUCCAGCUGCGACGAUGGAGAGAACACGCACAGACCCAGACCUUAAAGAAGAAAUCAUCCUCUUCUAAGAGCAAAUCAAAGAAAGCCAAUGGAGUAAACGGAUCUGUUGGAGCCAGUGGAGCAGAUUCCCCAAGAGCGAGGAAGGAGAAGUCAUCAUAAACUGCUCUUGAUCCCAACUUCUGCCCUGGCUGAAAUCAGCCUGAUCAUUCCUCUCCCUUCUCUCGUCCCACAGUUUAUCUGUAGCCCCUUUUCCCUUUCCCCUCUUGUUUAUCUGAAAAAAAAAAAAAAAAAAAACUUGCAAUAUGACAUCCUCAUCCUGCAUCUUGAUACUGUAGGAUGCUGAAUGCUGUAUUUCAUGAAUCCAUCCAACUAUUAUGUCUCUUUGCAAGAAGGGCUUAAGGAAAAGUGGCUUUGGGGAAUUCUGGAGGGGGUCUUUUUAUUCCCCCCUUACAUUUGUUUCCUUAUUGUGAAGGUCCAUAUGCUCUUUGCUUUAUUUGCUUAAUGCUGCAAUCCCAAAUCCAAAUCUAUGAUCCAGCCAUACCUACAAAGAAAACAUGAAAGCUGUGGGGAAAAUGUAACUUAUUUUUACAAGUGCCUAACCAUACAUCAUUUUGACAGAUCAGAGAGGAAUAUCUCAGUAUUUUAACUUGAGUUUGAAAUCAGGGUUGUAUUUAAAGUUCUCUGAAAGCUCACAGUUUUUGUUGACUCUAUCAUGCAUUUAGAACCACGUCUAAUGUCUUUUCAUUUCUGUUGUAUAAAUGCAUUGUCACAUUUUUCAUUAGAAAAAAAGAUAAGCAAAAAUGUUAAUUUGAUGCCUUUUUAAUGAAUUCCAUUCAGUUGCACUGUACUGCAUGACUGGUCAAGGUAAGCAAAAAGUGUAAUGUUUCACAAACUGUUAAAUUAGCAAAGGAUGAUGAACAAAAUGAACAAAAGCUGUGUGCUUUUGAUUUGUCAGUAGAUUAUACCUUUUAUUCUUGAACUUGAUAAAUCUGACUUUGCGGUUUGAUGUUGAUUACACAUGUCAAAUCACAAGUGUCUUUCCAGUGAGAGUGUGAGACUGAAGUCAGGAUCUAAGGCAAAGUUCUCAGAAAUCAUUUUCAUUGAUCGUUUUGAUUUAAAAACAACAGUAUAUAGAGAAUGACGUUCAAUAAUAAUAAAAGCAUUGUCAUCUCACAAUUAUUUUACCCAAGUACAACCAAUGAGAAAGACAACCAGUGAAUGCAUAAAUAAAAUGUUUGUUUUCACAG